AGGGGCGGUAUGCGGUGCGGGGCCGCAGUCGGGGCCAUGAACGGGGCCAUGAAUGGGGUGCGGGGGUGGUGCGCAGUGCUGGAUGUGCGGCCCCACGGAGAGAACCCGGAGAGCGUGAAGGUGCUGAGGCUGACGCUGCCGAAUGAGCUCCCGGGCGAGCGGCGCGAGCAGGCGAAGCAGAAGCCAGUGGGAAAAGCCUUCGCCAUGGUGGCCAACAGAUCGAGCAAUGGCCACGCACUGGCAUCCGAGCGCAUCAAGUCCAACGACGGCGACGAGGAGAUCAUCAAGGUCUAUCUGAAGGCGAGGGCUGAGGGCAGUGCGAACCACGAGGAGCACGUCAGCCAGCUGAAGAGUGAAGUUCGGCACAUCCAGGAGGCUAGAAGUUUUUUGAAGAAGCUGCGGGAAGACUUAAGUAGUAAACUUGAGAGCAGACAAGGAGAUAAAGAGCACACACAGGUGGUGCUGGAGGAGCAGAACGGGAGCUGGCUGCACCCCGAGAGGCUCCGCGCUGAGCCUUGGGAGGAGCAGGAUGAGGAUUGUUCAGGAGAUGAUGUAGAGAAGAUGCGGCAGACAGCGAGGAGGCUGUUCACGAGGCUGCAGGAGGCUGAGAAAUGCCAUCAGUUGGAGAAGAAGGACCUCGAGAGGACGGUGUCGCGGUACCGGGAGGAGGCAGAGCAGACAAGCUGUGCCCUGCGGAGAGCAGAGAGGAGCGUGGUGGAGAAGGAGCUGCAGGUGGAUGAACUGCAGAGGCUGCUGGCAGGGAUGGAGAAGGAGCACAGGACUUUGCUGCUGAAGAUGAAAGACAGCGAAGCAGAGCUGGCACGGCUGAGAAGUGUGGAAGGUGACAAGCUCGCCGAACAGGACCGGUCGGCCAAGCUGGAGAAGGAGGUGGCCAUGCUGCGGGAGAAGAUCCACCACCUGGACGACAUGCUGAAGAGUCAGCAGCGCAAGGUCCGCCAAAUGAUCGAGCAGCUCCAGAACUCCAAAACGGUGAUUCAGGCCAAAGAUGCUGUGAUCCAGGAGCUGAAGGAGAAAGUCGCCUACCUGGAGGCCGAGAACCUGGAGAUGCACGACCGCAUUGAGCACCUGAUUGAGAAGCAGGUCAGCCGGGGCGGCCACAGCUCCAGAGCGCGUUCCAAGUCGGAGUACGUCAGCAGCAAAAGACUGAUGGGCCCCAAACCACUGCCUCUCAUUCGAGUGGUGGAAACAUGAGUUUCGAGGGUUGGAGCAAGAUGAAGACUCUCCCCUUGUUCUCCUUGACCAGACUUCCCUGCUUGACUGUUCUCUGGCCUCUGUGCUCCGUCUGCCCUGGAGCUGCUGGCGGAGGGCUGCGCCCCGGAGGACAGACGCGGCCAGGGCAGUGCUGGCAGAGGAAGGAGGGCUGCGAGGUGCCCACGCUGCUGUCCCUCGGGGUCCCACGGAUGCCAGCCUGGAGCUGGUGGGGACAUUGAGGACGAGGUGCUCCUGGGAUGCAGGGCUGGGCUCACUUCCCUGCUCAGCCCUGGGUUUGCCGGGGCUGCUGUGUGAGCAGCUUCUGAAGGGUCUCAUCAGAGUGGAGCCGCUUCUUCAGACUGUAGCUUGCCAACGUGGACUCGGGGUUUAAAUUAUUAAAAAAUAAUAAAAAUUCACUUACAAACCAGGAAAUCCUCCUGAAACUGGGCUCCUUCCUGCAAUGAAGCCCAGUGAGUUGGGAGCCUCCACCUCUGAUCUCCAGCACAUCUGCUGCUCCGAACCUGGCGAGGGCUCCCGCGGCCAAAAUCGGUGGAUCGACACAAUCGAUACAGGUGGUGGAGCAGCACAGUCAGCACAGUCACAGAGACGCAGUGCUGGACCAACACGGUUGACACGGUGGGCGGAUGGACACAGUCUGCAGAUCAGCGCAAUCGGCACAGCAACGCCAUCAGUGGAUCGACACAAACCUCCUCCAGUCCCCCUCAUGAGCGUACAGAAAUCGUGCCCGGUGUUCCUCUCGCGUUUAAACCCAGAGGCGGUUUGGUUUGUACCUGUAUUUAUUUCAAUAAAUUAUUGGUGUCUUCCAAGGAUGUGGCGACAGGCAUGACUGCUGCUGUCCAGCUCCAGGGGAGCGUUUGAGGACUGCCUGUGCCAUGUUUGAACUGGAAAAUGCCAACCUGCUUCCUCCGGCCACUGCCGCGGCUGCGUCGCGCCGGGUCAGCCCAGAGGAGCCGCUGUGCUGGGCGGUGAGGCAGAGUGCUGUGUGUGCACCUCGCAUCUGUUAAUACAAAAUACACCUUGUUAAGCUGUC